AAAGCAGCUGUGACGCCGCGAGCUCUCUGCUUGCUUCCCACCACUCUAUGGUCCACCGUAUGUACUAGCUAUUACCGAAACCGGUACAAUAGAUCUACCACAAUGAUGAUGCCAUGGCCAACAACUGCGUUGCAAUACGGCUCAUGGUCUCCAUAAUUGGAUUCCUCCCCACUAGUAGUAUCACAUUACGUUCAGUGUCGGCCUUGUCAAGUCAUCAAGCAAAGAGGAUUGCUGUGAUUGGGGGAGGGGCUUCUGGUAUCUUUUCUGCCAUUUCCGCCGCCGAGCACUUUGAGAGACAAAAUAAUGUCGUCGGCAGUCCUCCCUUGGAAAUUGUGGUCCUGGAAGCCACCUCUAAAACGUUGACCAAGGUUGCCAUUAGUGGUGGAGGGCGAUGCAAUGUACUCCAUGACACUUCCAAAUCAACAGCCGAGAUUUUGAAUGGGUAUCCCCGUGGCAAAAAGGAAUUGACCGGUCUUCUAUCGAGUCGAUUCACACCCCAACAAGCCCAAGCAUGGUUUCAAAAGCAGGGCGUGGAACUCAAGACAGAGCCAGAUGGUAGAAUGUUCCCCAUUACAGACGAUAGCCAAACUGUCAUUGACGCUCUCUUGUCAGCAUCGUCACGAAAGGGAUUGGUGGAUAUUCGCAAGCGUCAAAAAGUACUGGAUAUUGGCAUUCCGGCAUUGGAUCCUGACGAGCAAAGGAGCCAUGGUCCAUUGUUGUUUGAGAUAUCCACCCAGCAAAAGGACAAAACAGGCGAGAAAAAAGUUCGAAAGGAACACUUUGACGCCAUUGUUUUGGCCACAGGAUCCGCUCCAGCGGGUUAUCAGUUGGCACAAUCCAUACUAGAACAAUCGUCAUCUGCAACCACGAGCAAGAAGAAUGGUACAAAGCCUAGCAAGGCAUUUGUAUCUCCAGUACCGUCGCUCUUUACAAUGAACACAAAACUGGAUGUCAAGGAAGAAGGCUGCUUACUGCAUGGACUUGCUGGUGUAUCCGUCCCCAAGGCCCGUGUCACUUUUCGUCCCGAGGAAUCAUCCAAAAAAGACGCGACAAUUACCAGUCAGGACGACGGCAAAGUACAGCAGCAACCCAAAAAGAGGAAACGAUCCAAAAAAACGCCGCCACACUUGCAACAGGAAGGACCCUUACUGGUAACUCAUCAUGGCGUAUCCGGUCCUGCCGUCCUGAGGUUGAGUGCCUUUGGCGCUCGUGACUUUCACGAGGCAAACUACAGAGGUACUUUGCGCAUUCACUGGGCGCCCGACCUGGGAACCGUCGAUGAAAUUCUGGACAGCCUUAAGAAAAAGCAAAUGACCAAUCCAAAACGAAUGGUGGCAACGGGCUGCCCCUUGACCGUCACGGGUACUGUCAAGGAAUCGUCGGGAUUUGUGGAAAAGAGAAUCGCUGCGAUUCCCAAGCGACUGUGGUCUUCCUUUGUCAUUCAUGGUUGUGGAAUUGACCCCACCACGACAUGGGCGGAAAUCAACAAGAAAGCCGUGAGAAAGUUGGCUACUUUUAUUGCCGAAUGUGACUUGCAAGUGACGGGGAAAGGUACCUUUAAAGAGGAAUUUGUGACAGCCGGAGGAGUGGCUUUGAAAGAGAUUGACAUGAAAACCAUGAUGAGCAAAUCAUGUCCUGGUUUCUUUCUCUGUGGUGAGGUGAUCAACGUGGACGGGGUGACUGGUGGCUUUAACUUUAUGAACUGUUGGGGUACUGGGCACGUUGCAGGAACGAGCGCUGUUGACUAUGUGCUUGCUGCCUGAACAAGCACUGAAUCAAUCCAACAGACUAGCUAGCUAGACAUGGCAUGUGGAAAUGAGGACAACACGUUCCGAAACGGCGUUAAGAUAGAGCAAGAUGCGCCAGAAGGCAGUUGCACGGCAAGUAGUCAAAGCAGUUCACACCGCCUAUUGAUGGCGGCAGCCAAUCGUCCAUAAGCUGAUUUACAUCUCAGCUAACCAACCCAAGCCAGUGCAACGAUCGAUGGCUGUGAGCAAGUACUGGGAGCAGAACCCGACACAAGGCAGGCACUCAAUGUCACAUCCGUUCCACCAAGACAUGAGCUAGUUUGAGUUCUCUGGAAAGUCUCACAUACUUAAACUGGUCAUCUUCCCUCAAAGUUGAAAUGAGGGCCACAUUCGUCUCUGAAAACGGAAUUUGCAGUAGAUUCUUGGGUUCGAUCCGUUUAGGUGCACUGAUUCCAUCCACCUUUACCGCAACUUGGCUCUCUUCCAACCCAUCCAAGCAGACAGUGCCAAAUUUGCCAUUCGUUGUCAAAUCAGAUGGACUUCCAAGACCAUGGAUCAAAACCCACAAACCAGCUUCCCCCCUCUCCACAUCAGUCCAACCUUCUCCGCCCUCCUCUGCGUGCUCCAUUUCUGUAGCACAUACCAUUGCCAUGUCAGAAUAGUUUUGGAAUAAAGCAGCAUUGGCUUCAUCCUUUUCGGAUACAUACUUGAAUAGAGCAGAUGCUUCCUUCAACUCUUGAGAUGUUCUGUAGAGGAACGCUCUUCCACCAACUGGUGGCGAACUGGAACGGGAGCGAGCCCGGCCGGAUGAGACCUAAAUGGAAAUCCUAACGGAUUGACAUUUAGGUCGAAGCCGGCCGGGCGAGCUCCCGCCAGUGAGCCACAGGAGGGGGAAGAGCGUUUCUUCUGGAACCAUGUGACAAUUUCACGCUAAGUAACUUAACGGCCGUUAAAGAAACAAAACGGCACUUACUAAGUAA